UGUGCGUCCACCAAAUUAAAAACAACAAAGUCAAAAAUUUGACAUCACAUGUGAGAUAACCUCAAAUUUAAUUAUUUAUUUAUGAGUAAAUCAUGGGGGGUAAUAACAAGAAAAAGAUAAAAGGCAAUAAAAAACGUAAAAUGAAAAAAGGAAAACCACAUAAUCAGUUGCACGGAUCAGCAGGUGAUGACAACGAAGUUUUGGAUGAAUCUAAUACAGUACCACCAAGUGAUGAUCAAGCUGAGUUUGACCUGAAACCCCAAAAACGGCAACAUUCAGAUGAUGACUCGGAGUGUGAAAAUGAACCCAAGAGAAAAAAGAAGAAGAAGAAGCAAAUUCAACAGAAUGAUAAUUCAACUGACAAGAAGAAUAAGAAGUCUAUUCGUCAGAUGAAAAAAGAGAAGCAUGCUCAGCGACAAGCUGAAAUGGAAGCUGCGUCCAAAGAACAGCUGAAGUCCCAGUGCUUAAGUUACCUCUCACAAUGGAAACACAAUAGAUCCAACUGGAAAUUUAUGAAGGCAAAACAAGUAUGGCUUUACAAAAAUAAAUUUUCACAAAAGCUUAUUCCAAAUGAAUCAUGGCCUUUACUAAUGGAAUACUUUGAAUCUGCCAAAGGAAAUAUAAGGAACAUGUUAUUAGAUGAUUCUAAUAAAAUCAUUAAACAAAUGGAUGAUUGGACAGAAGCACAGAAUGACGAGAAUGCUGAUGAAAAAGAAAGUGAGACAGAAGAAACAGAAGAUUCAAAUAAACCUAUCAAGCCAGAUGAUACAAUUUAUAAAAGAGCUAGGGAUUUAAUACAAUGUCUACAAGAAUAAGGCAUUUG